AUGGCCCCUGGAGUCACCUCGGACAUCCCAGUCCAUUCCCUCCCAUCCAAAAAUGAGAAGCAGAGCACUCAGCAGCCCACGUACCCAGCGCCACUGACUCCGAGCGGCGCACUGGAGCAGUUCAUAUUCGAGGAGACAACGCCGGUCAUCGGCCGCGAGUUCCCCAACGUCAACAUUGUUGACGACUUGCUCAAUGCAUCCAACUCUGACGAGCUGCUCCGAGACCUUGCCAUAACAAUCUCGCAACGCGGCGUCGUGUUCUUCCGUGCCCAGGACAACCUCACCGACGACCUGCAGAAGCAGUUCAUUCAGCGGCUCGGCCAGCUGAGCGAUAAACCGGCCAGCUCAACGCUGCAUAUCCACCCAAUUCUCAACAACACCCAUGAGUUUGGCGUCGCCGACGCUCAGGUCAGCACCAUCAGCUCGCUCGCCCGCAAGAAGCUAUUCAGCCAGGACCGCCAGUCAGACCAGCGCCGCUACGAUGCCGCGCAGUGGCACUCAGACAUCCAGUUCGAGCCAGUCCCGGCUGACUACACCUCGCUGCGUCUGACCCAGCUGCCCAGCUCCGGCGGCGACACUCUGUGGGCCUCGGGCUACGAAAUCUACGACCGCUUCUCCAAGAAGUACCAGGAGUUCUUCGAGGGUCUAACGGCCACCUUCAUCGGUGACGGCUUCAUCAAGGCGGCCGAGCGGAACCCCUCUAAGGUGAAACUUUACGAAGAGCCGAGGGGCAGCCCCUUAAACGUCGGCAAGGAGCUCAAGGCGGUCCACCCGGUCGUGCGGACGAACCCGGUGACCGGCUGGAAGAGUAUCUUCGCCCUUGGUCCGUUCCCCAAGUACAUUAACGAGCUGAACUCGACCGAGUCGGAGGAGCUGUUGAACAAGUUCCGUUCUGUUAUCACCGAGAACCACGAUCUCCAGGUCAGGUUCAAGUGGAGGAAUGAGAACGAUAUCGCAAUUUGGGACAACCGGAGCGCCUUCCACACGGCGACGUUUGAUUAUGAUGGGCUUGGAGACCGGUUUGGCCACCGGGUUGUUGGUAUUGGUGAGAGACCAUACCUCGAUCCAAACAGCAAGUCCAGGACGGAAGCCUUGGCUGCUGGAAGUGCUUGAAGCUUAACGAAGAAGAUGGCUAGUUUUAGCUUUUACUUAUCUCUUUCCCUUAAUUUAAC